CGUGGCGGGAGAUUCCAGCAUGGCGGUGCAGCCGAAGAAGAAUCUGUCGAUGGACAGCGCGGCCGAACACGGCUUCCUCAACUUCUUUUUCUCCAUGCCAGAGAAGCCGGACACCACUUUCAGAAUAUUCGACCGCAACGACUACUACACGGUCCACGGAAAUGACGCCGUCUUCGCCGCGAAGGAGGUUUUCAAGACGAACGGUGUUAUCAAGCACUUGGGCUCCGGGAAUCGUAAGUUGGAGAGUGUGGUCCUCAGCAAGCUGAACUUCGAGGCGUUUGUGAGAGACCUGCUGCUGGUGAGGCAAUACCGGGUGGAGGUGUACAGGAACCACAGCAAGAGCAGCAAGGAGCACGACUGGAAGCUUGAGUACAAGGCCUCUCCGGGAAACCUGACCCAAUUUGAGGAGAUUCUCUUUGGUGUUGGAAAUGGAGCAGAAGGCUGCGCGGGCGUCGUGGCCGCCCGUGUUGCCACUGGCGCGGAUGGGCAGCGUGUGGUGGGCGUGGGCUAUGUGGACGUUGCUCAGAGGACCAUGGGGGUGUGCGAGCUGCCAGACAACGAUAUUUUCUCCAACCUGGAAUCCCUGCUGGUCCAGAUCAGCCCCAAAGAGUGUCUCCUUGCUCAGGGGGACGGAAACGCGGAAGGAAGCAAGCUACGGGAGGUCGUACAACGUGGUGGUGUGCUGGUUUCAGACAGGAAGCGAGCCGAGUUCAGCAGCAAGGACGUGGUCCAAGACAUGAACCGACUCCUGAGAGCCAAAAGAGGAGAGAUAAUAGCCAGCAACACCCUCCCAGAGCUGGAUAAGCAAGUGGCCAUGUCCUGCUUGGCUGCUGUGGUGCGUUACCUGGAGCUGCUGUCCGAUGAGUCAAACUUCAACUCCUUCAGCCUGGCGUCGCUGGACCUGGGUCAGUACAUGAGGCUGGACAACGCCGCCGUGAGGGCGCUCAAUCUUUUCCAGGGUGCGCCCGACGACACCAGUGGGGCUCACUCAUUGGCCGCUCUGCUUAACAGGUGUCGCACACCUCAAGGCCAGCGACUGGUCAACCAGUGGAUUAAACAGCCGCUCUUGGACAGACUCAAAAUAGAGGAGAGGCUAGACCUGGUGGAGAGUUUUGUGUGCGACUCGGAGCUGAGGCAGACGUGUCAGGAGGACCUGCUGCGCCGCUUCCCUGAUCUCCAGCGCCUAGCCAAGAAGUUCCACCGGCACAGUGCCAACUUGCAGGAUUGUUAUCGCGUGCACCAGGCGGUCAGCCACAUCCCCGCCCUCGUCGCUGCACUGGAAAGAUAUUCAGGCAGCUACCAGGUCCUGUUGGAGGCCGCCUUCAUCUCUCCCCUCAGAGAUCUGCAGGGCGACUUCACAAAGUACCAGGAGAUGAUCGAGACCACGCUGGACAUGAACCAGAUUGAACACCAUGAGUUCUUGGUGAAGGCGUCGUUCGAUCCCGUCUUGAGCGAGUUGCGAGAAAAGAUGGACGUCCUGGAGAAGAACAUGCAGGCUGUGCUGAACAGCGCCGCCAGAGAGCUAGGUUUGGACGCAGGCAAGACUGUGAAGUUGGAGUCGAACGCCAUGCUGGGCUUCUACCUGCGUGUCACCUGCAAGGAGGAGAAGAGCCUGAGGAACAACAAGAAGUUCACUACACUGGACGUGCAGAAGAACGGCGUGCGCUUCACAAACAGCAAGCUGAGCUCGCUCAACGAGGACUACACCCGCAGCAGGGAGGAGUACGAGGAGGCCCAGAACGCCAUCGUCAAAGAGAUCAUCAACAUCGCCUCAGGCUACGUGGACCCUCUGCACUCGCUGGGUGAUGUGGUGGCGCUGCUGGACGCCGUGGUCAGCUUCGCCUUAGUGUCAGUCUCAGCCCCCGUGCCCUACGUGCGACCCCGCCUGCUGACGGAUGACGGCCCCCGCCGCCUGGAGCUGCGCCAGGCGCGGCAUCCCUGCAUGGAGGCGGACGCUGACACCUGCUUCAUUCCCAACAACGUCUCCUUCAUGCAGGGAGAGAAGAGCUUCUUCAUCAUCACAGGACCAAAUAUGGGCGGGAAGUCGACGUUCAUCCGCCAGGUGGGCGUGAUCGCUCUGAUGGCUCAAGUCGGCUGCUUCGUGCCGUGCGAGGAGGCGGAGCUCAGCGUGAUUGACAGCAUCCUGGCCAGGGUGGGGGCAGGGGACAGCCAGGUGAAGGGCGUGUCCACCUUCAUGUCCGAGAUGCUGGAGACUGCCGCCAUCUUGCGUUCGGCCACGGAGAAGUCGCUGGUCGUCAUUGAUGAGCUGGGCCGCGGCACGUCGACGUACGACGGCUUUGGCCUGGCAUGGGCCAUCAGCGAGCAUAUCGCUGCCAAGAUUGGCUGCUUCUGCCUGUUUGCAACGCACUUCCACGAGCUGACGGCGCUGGCGGCGCAGCAGGUUGCCGUGCGCAACCUGCAUGUGACGGCGCUGACGUCCCACGACACGCUCACCAUGCUGUACCGAGUCAAGCCAGGUGUGUGCGACCAGAGUUUUGGGAUCCACGUGGCUGAGUUGGCGUGCUUCCCGCCGUCGGUGGUCGCCAUGGCCAAGGAGAAGGCGGAGGAGCUGGAGGAGUUUCAGGAAAUGUGUGAGCAGGCGGGGGGGGAGCCCGAUGCCAAGAGACACUGCAGCGACAAACAAGUGGGAGAAAACUUGAUCCAGGACUUCCUGGACAAAGCUAAGUCUCUUCCUGCCGCUGCCAUGACUGAGGAAGAGGUGAAGGGUGAGCUGAGGAAGAUGAAGGAGGCGCUUCUCGCCGAAAAGAACACAUACAUCACAGAGUUGCUAGCGCGCUCUCUUCCUGUCAAAACCUAAUCUCUUUUUGUUGUUGUUGUACUCACUAGUUUGUCUUUUACUAGUCAGUGAAGUUGUACAGAUUUUCAAUAAAGCAUUAUUUAGAAAUAUGCCGUUGUGUUUGGUUCGGAGUUGUGCAGUGUGGUACUGGUGCGGCUUGUUUUAGUACGUUUGUCGCGACCUGCUGGCUAGUAGAGAGAAUACAGAAAAAUGUCAGGCGGAUAUGAAUUUAUUUUUGCUCUAGGGUGACCCCCUGCGACCGUGAAGCGUAAUUACUAUAAUGAAGUCAUGAUUUAAAGCAGUGGUCAACCUUUUGGAAUUUUGAAGCCCAAGAUCUCUGUUCUCGUCCGUGAACCUGCACAAGAUCUACACCCCCACAUACUAUAUAAUGUUGUAUUGGUUUAUUUUGUAGAAAGGUUUUUUAAAGCGGGCCACAAAGUCCUGAGAAAAAUUGGGAAGGUCUGGGUUUGAAUCGCCGUUGGGCAUCUCUGUGUGGAGUUUGCAUGUUCUCCCCGUGUGUGUGUGGGUUUUCUCCGGGCACUCCGGUUUCCUCCCACAUUCCAAAAACAUGCAUGUUAGGUUAAUUGGAGACUCUAAAUUGUCCAUAGGUAUGAAUGUGAGUGUGAAUGCUUGUUUGUCUAUAUGUGCCCUGCCAUUGGCUGGCCACCAGUCCAGAGUUGUACACUGCCUCUCGUCCAAACGCAGCUGGGAUAGGCUCCAGCAUACCUGUGACCCUGAGGAUAAGCGGCAUAGAAAAACGAUUGGUUUUUAAAGCAAAUUAAAAAAGUUGUAUUGUCAACAUUUCAGCUUUUUUCCAUCGUGCCUUUUGCCCUAUUUUUUUUUUUUUUACCAUUUUUGUUUUUACAUUUUGUUUCUGCAGCGAUGCAAUGACAAAUUAACCAAGGUCCACAGAUAGCCCCCGGCCAGCACUUUUUUCCUAAUAUUCUCACGAUUGACGGGUUGGUGACCACUGAUUUAAAGCCAUUAGACCGUAAUAAACGCUAAUAAAACAAGUAAGCCAUGAAAUUGAUGAAAAGACACCUCAGCUCUAAUAAAGUUUUAUUUUCUUAGAAA